AUGUGCUCCUUUGUUAGCCGUUCUCUUUAACGACCAUUACCAUAUUUAUUAACUAACAAAGAACUGGCGGAAAGGGAUCGAGAGCAGCAUGGCGGUGACUAGGGCAGACAGUAGUGACCUAAGAGUAGUUUUCAAUAAGUAUGCUAGUGUGACGAAAGAAGAUCAGAGCUUCCUCAGUUACGAUGACUUUGUCGUCAGUUUCCUGCAACUGGUGGAUAAGGACACGCCCCCUGACACUGUGAGACAACUGGCUGCAGCUGCUGACACCACUAAAUCUGGGUUAAUCUCGUUUGACGAGUUUCGAUCGUUUGAGACAAUGUUGAUCAGUCCUGACUACAUCCCACGACUGGCCUUUAAGCUGUUCGACAAAGACAAGAGGAGUAGAGUGUCUUUCAGUAACUUCAAGGCUGUGCUUGGUGCUACUUCAAUACACACAAAGGUUCCCUUUAAUUUCGACUCUAACUUUCUCAAGCUCUAUUUUGGACAAAAUCUCAGCUUGGAGUUGGGUUACCACGAGUUCUGUCAACUCUUACAGAGUCUCCCCACUGAGCAUGCUCGACAAGCAUUCUCCAGUUGUGACACUGACCAGGACGGCAGUAUUCGCGCUGAGGAGUAUGUCAAACUCAUGAAGACCAUCCGUGGCUUCCGUCUCUCCCCUCACGUGCAGGACCACCUCCUGUCCGUGGCUGGUGGUUCUCCUGGAUCUAACGUCAACUUUGCCUACUUUAAGGCUUUCAACCAGUUACUUGGAAACCUGGACCUGAUGGAGAAAAUAGUAACCACGGUAACAGACGGAGACCAAACGAAAGAUAUCACUGAAUCCCAGCUUCUCAGGGAGGCUCAGACCUACUCUCAGAUCACUCCUCUCCAAGUGUCCCUCCUCUGUCAGCUGUGCUCAGUGGAGGAUCAGACCAAAGGGACCAUCACAUUGUCUGACUUCCGCCAACUCCUUCCCAAUCAACAACACACCUUCGACCAGAUUGAGCCGGCAAUACAGCCAGUGGUUGUAAAGGAGACGGAACGAAGUGAUAUCCCAGUUUGGAAACGUGCCUUGGAACCAGUCUACCGAUUCUCCAUUGGGGGUCUCGCAGGAGCUGCUGGUGCCACGUCUGUCUACCCGAUUGACCUUGUAAAAACACGACUCCAGAAUCAACGAGGCUCUAUGCCAGGCGAGAUCAUGUACAAGAACAGCUUUGACUGUUUCAAAAAAGUUGUCAAGUUUGAGGGCUUCAGAGGAUUGUACAGAGGACUCCUCCCCCAGUUGGUGGGUGUGUCCCCAGAAAAGGCCAUCAAGCUGACGGCCAACGACACCGUGAGAGACCUCUUGAGGUCAAAGGACGGGAAUAUCUCGUUGUGGAAGGAGGUCAUAGCUGGAGGAACGGGAGGAAUGUGUCAGGUGAUGUUCACCAACCCGCUGGAGAUAGUCAAGAUCCGACUGCAAGUGGCAGGAGAGAUGGGCCAACAAGCCAGGGCUCUGUCCGUAGUGCGGGAACUGGGAAUAAGAGGACUCUAUCUGGGAUCUAGAGCUUGUUUCCUAAGAGACAUCACAUUCUCGGGCAUCUAUUUCCCUGCUUAUGCACACCUCAAGACAUUUUUCGGAGGAGAUCGUGGUCAACUUAACCCUGCCCAGCUUUUUGCAGCAGCAUUCAUUGCAGGCGUCCCAGCAGCAGGUCUGGUGACUCCAGCGGAUGUGAUCAAGACAAGACUACAAGUGGUAGCGAGAAAGGGCCAGCAAUCGUACUCCGGAGUGAUUGACUGUUACCGGAAGAUUGUAGAGAGUGAGGGACAAAAGGCUCUCUGGAAAGGAGCACCAGCUCGUAUCUUCCGCUCCUCCCCUCAGUUCGGAGUAACCCUGGUCACCUACGAGCUGAUACAGAGACUAUUCUAUGUUGAUUUUGGCCAUCGGUCAAAACAGUUCAAAUCCUCUGUGCCCUCGGCCAAACCGACCAAACCACUAGACUCCGCCUUCUUUCACCUCCCGGACCAUGUGGGUGGUUACAGGGUUGCACACUCAGCAUUCUCUGGUGUUGAGAGCAGGUUCGGAAUCAUCUUCCCAAAGACUAAGUAAACCAGUUGUAUAUUCUUGUUCAGCACAAGUUUAUAUACCACUUAAUUUGUAUUUUUGGCUUACAGUUAUAUAGAAUUAUUAUUUUCUGGUCGAGUUUCAUAGUUGUUGCCCAGGUUACACGUUGUGUAAUAUAAUUAUGAUGGUGAAAUAUUAUUAUUAUUUAUUGAAACGUAAUAAAAUUUAUUGAAAUGUAAAACCAUCCAUC